CAAACAAAUAACGUCUGCCUUCUUCGUUCCGACUUCAUUCCUCUAAAGCCCACGAAAUUUCCAGUGUUCUUACAGCCUUUUCUGGCUCACGUUCACGCAGGCCUUACGCCCUUAACGCACGACGCAUCAACGCUCUCUCAGAAUCAAUCGACGAAUCUACGAUAAUCUACUUCUGAAAAAAUGAUUCCUCUUAUCCCUGCUCUUGCUUUGGCUUUUUUUUCGUUUUUGUGUUCAGCUUUUGUUGUUCUUCGAAUUGUAAUUCCAAUUUUACCUCCUCAUCCCUUGAGUCGCCGAGUUGCUCCUUCUGAAUUCGGUCUCCCAAACUUUCGUUCUCUCUCAGCGGCAGACAAGAGUCAUGUCUGGCUCGCGUCGCUUGACAUCCUUGCGCUGUCCAUUUUCGUCUGGGAGGCCAUCAGCGAAUCCACUGGAGGACCUACAGGCUACGAGACCGGUCAGGAAGCCCUCUCUUCGGCUCGACUCUGGUUUAUCUUGACAGUGAGGCAGACAUGCCUGCUUGUCGUCGCCGGAUUGACACUAUUGCACAUCCGACUCGGUCGCUCCGUAUCAUUCGGGAAAAAACACUGGAUGUUGUGGGGACCCUCUUCUAUCUUGAUUCUCACAUCAACCGCUGUAGCGGGAAUACUAUCUGCUGCUGGCUUGAACAGUCUCUUUGUUGGACUUGUCGCUUACUCGUCCACCCUAGCGAUCCUAGGCAGUGCUGCCUUCAUCGGUCUCGCGGUCACUCUCCUCAUGAUCCGAAGGAACUUGGCGUCUAUGAAUGAGGAUCCUGACUCUUGGUCUCCAAUGCGACAAGUGGAAGAGCCCCGCCCAUCCUUCGCGACGGAAGAGAUUGAUGCUAUUCGUGACGGUGCCUCUUGGAUUACGUCCAAUGCCAGCUCCCGUCGGGAUUCUGUUUCUGCUUGGUCAUUUUCUACACACCGUACUGUCACUACAUCUCGUCACAGCGGUCGACCUCAGACAGCGUCGCAUCCUUCUGUUCCUGCUAAAUCCUCGUAUUGGUUCGGAACUUCUACGCCACAGGUCAACGCGAUUCCUCCGGUCCCUGCUCUCCCUUCUUCACAUGGCCCCUUGUCCCCUACUUCCGAAAGCCUCUCUGAACCAGACCCCUUCAGGCGCAUUCCUUCCCCGCUACCUCAUCACCCGCGUGAAAGAUUUCUCGGGUCCCAGAAUUCGUGGUUGUCAUCGUCGAACGGAUCGCACACUACGCUCUCUGCAUGGUCAUAUCCUGCCACCCAAGCUGAGAGUGUACACAAUGCCAGUUCUCCUAACUUGCACACGACGCUGCUGCCUUCUUCGGGUGCGAUUUCUUCUAGGCCGGUAACACCUGCGUUGUCGAAUGCGCAGGUUCUAGGUGGAUAUGGAUACAAGGACUCUGAGAAGGAGGGUGGUUCGACGCCCCUGCCUGGCACUACUUUGGACGUUUCUGUAUAUCGUUCUAUAGGUUGGUUGAUUCUCAUUUGGGUUCCUCUGGGACUUUCAUUGCCUUAUCUGAUCACUCUAUCACAGCACAUCCCCGCUUCUUUGGCGACUUCAAUUUUGUUUACGUUGUCUGUAACCAUGUCUUCACCUAUCCUGGCACUUAAUAUUCUCUUCCGGUCACCUAUUCCGAUACCUUCGGGGUUGUUCGAUUCUCCUGAUGACUUACCCACUAACCUUCUCCGUGGAGCUACACCCAAUUCUGACACUGUCAAGUGGUCUAACGGCGACGCCGCUGACGGUAAAAGCAAGGUCAGCCGUGCACUCGGUAUGAUGUCACCUAUGCCCAAACUCUCAGUCUUGCCGCCGGAGGAAAAUGCAGACGAACCAACCACACCUCCUCUUCCUAUUCAGGACGGAGAUUCUUCCAUGCCAGUCAACCUUCACAGCCGCUCGUACUCCGAAACCAGCGCCCAAUUUGGUCGUAUCAGAAAAGAUUCAAAGGCGAGCUCAUACUUUUCCGGUGCUGAUGAGUCACUUGCGUUUGCCUCCAAAAUCAUGAUUGCUCAGAAGCACUACUCUGCGUUGGCACAAACUAUUCAAGUCAGUGGUUCUCCUGAGAAGGGACCUUCUGCUGGCGCCGAGCUCUUCCUCAAUGGACCAAUUGCUACUACUAGCGCAGUCGACAUCCCCGUCUCUGGCAGUAAUCGCGCCUCGCAGCACCUCCGCACUCGCUCGGUCACCUCUGUCGGUCCGGAAACGCCUACCUCUAUCUCCUUCAAUGCUAGUCCUAGUCCUCCACCUGCUUUCCCACUUCCACCUACACCUCCCAAUGUCCGUGCUGCUCGCCUUGCGAAGCAUAAGAAAAGUUAUUCCUCUAUCUCAGCAGGGAAAUUCUCCUUUGGCCCUGUCGAUGAUAUGAACGAGAUCGACGCACUCACUGCCGGUGUUUUACCUCUUCUCGUUCCAGGCCUCAAAGUUGGUGAUAACAUGAAGAUCAGGGACUCCCCUCCCGCUACGUGGCGCAAACGUGCUAUGGCCGAGUUAGAGAUCAGCCGUGAAAGGAGUCGCAGUCGAAGUACGAGCAGGACUAGAGGAGAGGGAAGAUCUGCUCGCCUCCUGAAAGCGUUGAAUGAAUUUGGUGAAGACUUUUCUUCUCCGGAGAUACAUUCAACUCCUGCGAGAACCCGCGCGGGAGCUACAAAGGCAAGGGAAGCUCGUGGGCGCAAGAUAUCCGCUCAUAAACGCAACCACUUUAGCUUGCCAAGUCUUGGUCUUGGAAAGGAUGGCGUCCAAUCUUUGAGCUACUGGAGUACUGAGCUUGGCCGUGCCAUUGAGAACCGAUUUGGGCCGUACACUGCUGUUCCCAGUAAUGUUGAAUUUCGCAGGAACACUGUCUUCGGCGCAGACUCUAUCCCCAACGACUUAUCAAACUUGCGCGCUGGCUCUGAGGAAAUUGUUAGUCAAACCAAUUCCAGGGGUGCACCGCUCGGUCGGGCUAUGUCCACUCGUUCUCUAGGUCUACGUGCUGAGGUUCCUCAUGGUAUUGAUACGGCCCGGUCGUCUAUCCAGUCGAUGCAUAACAUUGUACCUCCCUCUGCCGCCUCCACUGUCACUCUUUUCGAAGAUUUUGUGAAUGGACUAGAAUCCGGACCUCAAGCUGAGAGUACCCCUCAUAACAACAUUGCUCACAAGCGCGGUUCGGAGGAUAUCGUUCCACCACUGCCUUCGUCCAGUCAAUUCAGAACAUCCACCGCAUCUCACCAAUAUAGAAACCCGACUAACAAGAACCGCUCUUCCUCAGCCUCAAGCCGCCGCUCCAGCAUCGUAUAUAUCAAAUCUGACGAAAACACUACUAUCACGCCUCCCAACGCGACCUCGACGUCAUCGACGUCCGCAAUGUCCUCUCUUGCUCAAUGGUCUUCCCGGGCGGUACGACCUCUUAUGCCUAAAUCCAGCAAACUUCAGCGCAAGGCUUCUAAAGCAUCCCCGCCUACACAAAACACUUCCAAGCCGGAGUCCCCACGAGGAGGUCUGCGACCUCUAUCGUUGCUCCAAGAGCGCGAUACAAAUAGUGCUGUUGGAACAGGUGUUCAAGCUGCCAACUCCCAAGGAACCCGUCCUCUUGUGCUUGCCAAGAAGGAAGGUGCUGCUAUCUCGAAGAAAGCAAAGGCCAUGCCAGCGGAUGAGAAUGCUAGCCCGGAUGCGCCUCGUUCUAGAAGAAACAAGCACAUUCUGAAGCCGCUGAAUCUUGCUAGAUCGGACACCAAUAAGAUGCGAGCCAUCUUGAGGCAAGAUGAGCUGUUGCCUGACGUGGUCGUUAGACCGCCGUCUACGACUGAGCACCAGGUCUACGCGUACAGUUUCCGUGAUUAAUUUGGUCGGAUGAUACCCAACGAAAUUGCUGUGGCUCCCGUUCUCGAAACGUGACUUUAUUUAACUUUUCCUCCCUCGAACUACUGCUUUGCUCAUACUUGCACUGAUUUCGUAUUGCUUUUCUCUGUCAUUCGUCUUAGUUUUCCAUCUUUGCUCUCUACAGUCUCGAUCUCGCUCGUCGUUUUUCGCUCUGCUUUGCUAUGCAAUGCUCGUCUCCUCGAACAGGGUUCGACAUGUGUACUACUACUGUCUUUUACUCGCUCUACGUACAUGUUUUCUACGCUUAUACUGCUCUCGAUUGCUCUUGAUGAACUCCAAGUACAUAUACUUCCCUUCAUAUGCUUUCCUCGUAUGCUUUCCGUUUGUUAUACCUAUCGCGAUAUCGCAAUCUAAAAAUUUUCAUCAA